CCCACCCCAGGGCCAGUCCCUACUCCAUACUCCCUAAUCCUUGCCAUGGAUCUAAAAUACCCUAAUGUGGCGCCAAAAUUCCUCUAGAUAGUCCUAUUACAGAUGUGGAACCAUCAAAUCAUAUACUGCUCAUUGACACUAGAGAAUAAACUGAUAGUGACUCUUACAAAUACCCCCCCUCUUCAAUUCUUUUCUUGUCUCUUCUGGACGCUGACACCCAAGACACAGAAAGAACUCAGCAAGAAGAGAGUAGAAAACGGGAAGACAGAUUGGGAGAGAAGAACAUUCGUAUACGCCGGUAGUAGCAGUAGUAGUAGAGCAUACAGUUUCCUUGUCUUUGGUCCUUUUUCUGGAAGCAGGGUCUUCUUCUUGGGUCGGUGAUAAACAAGAACAAGGAGGAGAAAUGGGUGAUAUUCAAGGACAAGGAGGAGAAAUGCCGCCUGAGAGGGUUUGUGACGAUGAAGUCUUUGAAGAGGAGGACGAUGAACCCGAAAAUGAUGGGAUUCCUGAUACUUAUGUUCCUGGUCCGCUGGUUCCUCUCAAAGAACAGCUUGAGAAAGACAAGGAUGAUGAGAGCUUAACGAGGUGGAAAGAGAAGCUUCUUGGUUGUGUUGAAGAUGACUUGAAUGGUUAUCUUUCUGGCCAAAUGGAACCUGAAGUUACAUUCCACUCCAUAGGGAUCAUCUCUGAGGAAUUGGGAGAGAUGAAUACCCCUCUGCCCAUCGAUGACGAUCAAAGCAACCGUAUUUUGUUUACCCUCAGGGAGGGGUCUCUUUAUCGGAUGAAGCUGACAUUCACCGUGAAGAACAACAUUGUCUCUGGCUUGGCCUAUUCCAACACUGUCUGGAAAGGGCACCUUCAAGUUGAGCAACGCAAAGGCAUGCUGGGUACUUUUGCUCCACAAAAGGAACCCUAUGUAGAAACUCUAAAGGAGGAGACCACUCCAUCUGGUGAGCUUGCAAGAGGAGUUUACUCGGCAAAGCUGAAGUUUGAAGACGACGAUAGAAGAUGUCAUUUGGAGCUCAGUUAUUCAUUUGAAAUCACGGAACAACACAGCUGAUCGAAACUGAGGAGUCCAUUGUUUCUCAUAGUUUCAAUUUUCUUUGGACAGUGACCAUACAUUUGUUCAUAUAAUUACAGUUGCAAUAUGGUUCUUUUAGUACUCAAACACAACACCUAGAUUUUGAAGUUCAAUUCAGUAGCAUCUGAAUCACCAUGAAGAAGAAAUGAAUAGAGACUGAGUUUUGGAUCCA